GCGCCUCCGAAUCCAGGGGUUUCCUAGGAGGGGUGUGACAGAGGGCCUUAUACUUUGGACCCGCAGGGCGUAGGACGUAACUGGAGUGCGCAAGCGCUGUGCUCUGGCUUCUCUUUUUCAGUUCCAGGAGUGCGAUUCUUGGCUGGGGGUGGGAGGGUGGCAGGGCGGGUAGAGUGCGCAGGCGCGGCUCAAGGCGCGCGGGGGCACGUGUGUACACCCCCAGGAUGAUGGGGGGGGGGACGGGGACAGGGCUUGAGAGGUCGUCCCUGGUGAUCGUAUGACUCUGUUGGGAUGUAAGAGCAAGUGCGUGCGUGUCCGUGUGCAUGUAUAUGUUUUGUAUGUUUGUUUGAGGGUGACUGUGGGUGACCGUGUGUGGGGGUGACUGUGCGUGCUGUGGGGGUGGGGGUGCACGCUGGGUGUGUUAAGAGUCGCAGCUUUCGGCGAGUGCCCGUGUACUCCUGCCUGUGCCAGUGGCCGCGGGGGUGCCCCCUUUCUACUCCCAGGACAGUGCUCACAGCUUCGCUCUCUUUGGGGUUCGCCUUUCUGUCAUUUCUGGGGGGGCAGUCCUGGAAGAGCCCGCGGCCGUGGCACGUCUGACCCCCGAGGCGGUGGGACACUUCUCUGGGAAAGGUAGACCCCAACCCUCCCUGCAGUCUCCAGGCCCACCUUCUUCUACCAGACCGCCCCCUGAAGACUCCCUCGUGAAUUCAGAGAAAAUCUUGGAGGAGCAGAAGGAGGCAGCCAUGGAAGACGGGGCCCCCUGGCCCUGGGACACGGCUCCAUCUCUUCAAGCAUUGGCUUUUUCCCAAGACUGGAGCGGAGAGAAUGAGGACAGAAUGACUUUUGAGUUUCUGACUGCUAGGAUUCAGGAAUCAGUGACUUUCAAAGAUGUGUCUGUGGACUUCACUUGGGAGGAAUGGAGACAUCUGGAUCCUGCUCAGAGGGACCUGUAUAGGAAUGUGAUGUUGGAGAACUAUGAGAACCUGGUCUCUGUGGGGAUUUCUGUGUCCACAGUGGACAUGAUCUCCCUGUUGGAGAAGCGAGAUGGACCAUGGAUGCCAGAAGGAGAAGUCUCUGGUGCCAUCUGUCCAGAUUCCCUUAAUGAGAAGUCCAAUUUUGAACCCAGAGAUUCAAAUCGGAUGCACACCAUUUGGAUGGGGAUAUCAUCUGAGAAAAGUCUGCCUAAGGAAUCAGUAGUCUGGCAUUCCAAGAUGAAAGAAGCAACAGGUGAAUGUGAGGUUAAUAUAGGGGAACUAAAAUACAACGAGGAGAGACAAUGGAGACAAGGAACAGUUACUCCCAGAACAACUUAUAAUCAAGUGCAUGAAUCUCAGUACAACACUAGGAAUAUUAUUCUAGUAUCAGACUUGCUUGCAGCAUGGAAAGGGGUAGUGGGAGAAAAUCUCUAUAAAUAUAAAUUCCUUGGAAAGAGCUUCAGGGAUAAUUUUCCUUACUUAAUUACAUAUAAUGGAUUCUCCUUGCAAAAGGAACUUUUUGAGUAUACUAAAUGCAAGAAACCCUUUAAUUACCUUUCAGAUUUAAUUAAAUUUCAUAGAAUUCAUAUUGGAGAAAAGCAAUAUGAACAGAAUGAAUGUGGAAAAUCCUUGUACAGAAGAUCAGAUAUUAUUGAACAUCAGAGAAUUAAUAAUGGAGAGAGAAACAACAAAUAUAAAGAUGAGAAAGGCUUUGACGAUAAGGGAAGCUUGAAUAACUAUAAUGUAAUUUAUACUAGAGAGAAUUCCUUUGCAUAUAAUGAAUGUGGGAAAGCCUUCAGUGAGAAGGAAAUCCUAACUCCACCUCAGGGAAUUCACAUUAGAGAGACAAUCUCUGAAUGUAAUGAAUGUGAAAAAACUUUUAAUCAGAGAGGAAAUCAUAUUAGCUGUCAGAGAACUCAUACAAAAGGGAAAAUCUUUGUGUAUGAUGAAUGUAGCAUGAGCAGGAAGGAACAUAUGUAUCCAAAAAUUCAUAAUGGAGGGAAACUCUUUACAUGCAAUGAAUGUGGGAAAAAUUUUAGUGAUACAAAAAAUCUUCUUAGCCAUCAGAGAAUUCAUAUUGAUGAGAAACCCUUUUUAUGUAAUAAAUAUGGAACUAGCUUCCAAAACAAAGUAAGUCUUAUUACUUAUCAGAAAGCACAUUCUGGAGAGACACCUUUUGCAUGUAAUGAAAGUAAGAAAGGCUUAAAAAAGAAUGAGCACCUUACCACACAGCUGAGAAUUGAUAUUGAAGAGAAACCUUUUGAAUGUAAUAAAUAUGGAACAGGCUUUGAAAACAAAGUAGGUCUUACUAGCCAUCAGAAAACACAUUCUGGAGAGACACCUUUUGCAUGUAAUGAAAGUAAGAACGGCUUAAAAGAGAUUGAGCACCUUAUUACACAGCAGAGAAUUGAUAUUGAAGAGAAACCUUUUGAAUGUAAUAAAUAUGGAAUAGGCUUUGAAAACAAAGUAGGUCUUAUUACCCAUCAGAAAACACAUUCUGGAGAGACACCUUUUGCAUGUAAUGAAAGUAAGAAAGGCUUAAAAAAGAAUGAGCACCUUACCACACAGCAGAGAAUUGAUAUUGAAGAGAAACCCUUUGAGUGUAAUAAAUAUGGAACAGACUUUGAAAACAAAUUAGGUCUUAUUUCCCAUCAGAAAACACAUUCUGGAGAGACAGUUUUUGAGUGUAAUGAAAGUAAGAAAGGCUUAAAAGAGAUUGAGUACCUUGCCACACAGCAGAGAAUUGAUAUCGAAGAGAAACCCUUUGAAUGUAAUAAAUAUGGAACAGACUUUGAAAACAAAGUAGGUCUUAUUUCCCAUCAGAAAAUACAUUCUGGAGAGACACCUUUUGCAUGUAAUGAAAGUAAGAAAGGCUUAAAAGAGAUUGAGCACCUUAUUACACAGCAGAGAAUUGAUAUUGAAGAGAAACCCUUUGUAUGUCAUGAAUGUGGGAAAGGCUUCAGACAGAGUGGAUAUCUUAUUAUCCAUCAGAGAACUCAUACUGGCGAGAAACCCUUUAGAUGUAAUGAAUGUGGGAAAACCUUUACUCAAAGGGCAAGCCUUAUUACUCAUCAGAGGACUCAUACGGGAGAGAAACCUUUCAUAUGUUGUGAAUGUGGGAAAACCUUUACCCAAAGGGCAAAUCUUAUUACCCAUCACAGGACUCAUACUGGAGAGAAACCCUUUGUGUGUAGUGAAUGUGGAAAGGCCUUUACCCAAAAGUCAAGCCUUAUUACUCAUUACAGGACUCAUACAAGAGAAAAACUCUUUGAAUGUAAUGAAUGUGGGAUUGCCUUUUCCCAGAAGUCAAACCUUAUUACUCAUCAGGGAAUUCAUUCUAGAGGGAAACAGUUUAUCCGUAAAGACUAUCGGAAGGGUCCUCAAAAGAAAAGCCUUGUUGCCCAUCAGGGAAAUCGUACUGGAGAGAAACCCUUUCAGUGUAAUGAAUGUGGAAUAGGCUUCAGAUACAAAGUAAACCUUAACAUCCAUCAGAGAACGCAUACUGGAGAGAAACCCUUUGCAUGUCAUGAAUGUGGAAAAGGCUUCAGACAGAGUGGUCAUCUCAUGACCCAUCAGAGAACUCACACUGGAGAGAAACCAUUUGCAUGUAAUGAAUGUGGGAAAGCCUUUGCCCAAAGGUCAAACCUUAACAGCCAUCAGAGGAUUCAUACCCAAGAAAAACUCUUUGCCUGUAAUGAAUGUGGGAAAACCUUUACUCAAAAGGGAAGCCUUAUUACUCAUCAGAAGACUCAUACUAGAGAGAAGCAGUUUAUAUGUAAUGAAUGUGGAACAGGCUUCCUACAUAGAGUAAGCUUUAUUAUCCAUAAGAGAAUUCAUACUGGAGAAAAACCUUAUAUAUGUAAUGAAUGUGGAAAAGGCUUCAGGCAGAGUGGACACCUCAUGAUCCAUCAGAGAACUCAUACUGGAGAGAAACCCUUUACAUGUAAUGAAUGUGGGAAAACCUUUACCCAAAGAUCAAACCUUACUAGCCACCAGAGAACUCAUACUGGAGAGAAACUUUUUGCAUGUAAUGAAUGUGGAAAAGCAUUUACCCAAAAGGGAAGCCUUGUUACUCAUCAGAGAACUCAUACUGGAGAAAAACAGUUUGUAUGUAAUGAAUGUGGAACAAGUUUCUUACAUAGAGUGACCCUUGUUAUUCACAAAAGAACUCAUACUGGAGAGAAACCAUAUUCAUGUAAUGAAUGUGGGAAAGGCUUCAGACAGAGUGGACAUCUUAUUACCCAUCAAAGAACUCAUACUGGUGAGAAACCCUUUGCAUGUCAUGAAUGUGGCAAAACUUUUACACAAAGGGCAAACCUUACUAGUCAUCAGAGAAAUCACACUGGGGACAAAAUCUUUAUUUGCAAUGAAUGUGGAAAAGCUUUUACCCAAAAGACAAGUCUUACCACUCAUCAGAAAACUCAUGCUAGAGAACUACCUUUUGUGCAUAAUCCAUGUGAGAGAUCCUUUGCUCAUAUAACAGACCUUCUAAGCUAUCAUAGAACUUUUACAGAAUGAAAGUUCUUUAUGUGUAGUUAAUAUGGAAGUCUUGAGACAGAGGAUAUACUUUAUUACAUAAGAGAGAAUACUGGAGAAAAACUUUGUAAUAAAGUUUGUCAUACAUUAUAGAGUAUAACUACAGUAAAGCAUUUUAAGUGUAAUAAAUAUAGUUGCACAAAA